AUGUCAUUUUUAUCUAAAUUAGGAUUCGAAAGUAUCCCUGCUGACAUAGCCAAGAAGAGCUUUUAUGAUUUGAAAGCUAUCUUACCUGGAAGUAAAGGUGAAUUGGACUUUAGCACGUUCAAAGGUAAACCUGUAUUGAUAGUGAACACAGCUUCCAAGUGUGGAUUCACAUAUCAAUAUACAGGUUUGGAAGAAUUAUAUAAAUCGUAUAACGAUAAAGGAUUACAAGUUUUAGGAUUCCCUUCUAAUGAAUUUGGUGGUCAAGAACCUGGAUCAGAUGAUGAUAUAUCUUCUUUCUGUACUCUGAAUCACGGCGUCACUUUCCCUUUGAUGAAGAAAUCAGAAGUGAAUGGUAAAAACAUGAAUGAAGUUUUCGCUUGGUUAAAAUCACAGAAAGGUGAAGGUGUAGGUGGCAUUGCAGGAACGACCAGUAUCAAAUGGAACUUUACCAAAUUCCUCGUUGACAAAGAAGGUAAAGUAGUUGGAAGAUAUGGGUCAUCCACUAAACCUGAGAAAUUAAAGGAGGAAAUUGAGAAAUUACUUUAA